AUUUCAUUUGGAGGAUUUAAUAUCCCUUUACUUGAGCUUUGAUUCCACUUUAGUUUGGAAAAUUUCUUGGGAUUGGAGAGCUUGAUGCGCCGAGUACGUUGGCGGCCGGGGCUACGAAGACAUGACGAACAUGAUGGGACAUGGAAUGGCUGACAGUACAUGGCUUUGCGAGAGGCUAGCGUACAGGAGUACCCCUACAGGAUACAUAUACGGCAAGCUUCGCACUGAGUUGGGAGACGAAAGGCCAUGCAGAUUCGGCAGGAAGAUUGCACAGAUAGGACCGAUAGUUAUGCUGCUAUACGAGAAAAAUCUUACGGUUCCUUUCUUAAAGUUGCUUCUUCGUUGCUCAGCCCUUGUCGUUCUCCCCACAAUUCCUUGGUCUACCUUCGUAUGUCUGCCCUAGUCUUUCGCCGAAGAUCUAGGACUUUGCUUUUCGGAUUGACAACACAGCAACAUGGCGACGCUUCCCUCUUCCCCGGCCCGACUAAGACGGCGAGUAGAUCACCGCCACCCAUCCUUUGCAUUGCAAAACACCACCGCCAGGUUCCUCGUCGUCACAAGAUCGACUAUCGAUUACUAGGUUGUCGUUGCUUUUCACUUUCUGCCUGGCUCGUCGCAGAAAGUUUGACUUUGUUCGCGAUAGAAGUGCAGUUUGAGCAUAUAUCGAAGCGAGGCUUUUCCGACACUGGUCGGCACCGGACGACAACCCUCGCCAAUCUCCACUCUCUAUGCGACAACCAAAUCCAUCCACGACACUCACCAAGCGUCGAAGAUAUCCUCUCCCGACACCGGCUCACUUCGCUGGCCCAAAACCCCUGGUCCCUGACAAGAUGCGCGUGCGGGCAGUGUCUCGCGGUACGGCACCCCACAAUGGAACCCCACCCCACAGCGCCUUGGCCUGUUGUCGAUCGAGCCAAACCGACGACGUGGUAAGACAAAUUGCACUAAUUCUAGGUUCCGAGGGUUCUGGAACAGCGGAAGAAGGUGAGACUGCCCGGAUGAUCAAACAUUUUGAAACUUGAUGGACUGUGAUGACGGCUCGGGAAUGGUGAGGAUGGGAUGGGAUGAUACGACACGUGACUGGAUCGCUUGGAGGUCAGGUUGCAUAUCGAACUAAGCUGCUUUGGGACACGAGGGAGUUUCGUUAAGAU